AUGUUUAGCAAACUAUUCACCCGCUCCCUGGCCACUGCCUCUAAGUCCGUCAAGCCCCCCAUUCAAUUGUUCGGCUUGGACGGCACCUACGCGACCGCGUUGUUCACGGCCGCUGCCAAGACCACGUCCGUAGAGGCCGCGUCCAAAUCGCUGUCUCAACUUACUGAGACAGUUACCAAGGACUCAAAGCUCACCAGCAUCCUUGCCAACCCAGCUCUCUCUGCCAACGACAGGGCGAUUGUUGUUGACACUCUCGCGAAGUCCCAGCCAAACAUUGACCAGUCCGUUGCCAACCUGUUGAAGGUUCUCGGCGAGAACAACAGACUCUCCCUCUUCCCUGACGUCAGCAUCCAGUUCACCAAGCUGACCGACGCCUACAACGGUCUAAUCCAGGCUACCGUCACCACGGCCCAGCCCCUGGACUCCAAGCUCUUCAAGAGAGUCGAAAAGGCGCUGGCGGGUUCCAAGCUUGUGGGCCAGGGCAAGACCCUGAAGCUCGAGAAUGUGGUCGACCCAGAAAUCCAGGGUGGCCUUAUUGUUGAGGUUGCGGACAGAACCGUUGACCUGUCUAUCUCCUCCAAGAUCAACAAGCUUAACCAGCUGCUGAAGGAAGCUGUCUAA